AUGCCUGAGCAAUACACCAGUCUCGGACCUGAAGGAACGGCAACCGUUUCAGUGUCUUCAACGGUCGAGCCACCUUUGAUUGCCACCACGUCCGUCAAGGCAUCUUCCACCUCGACAAGUGAGCGCCCAGCACAGACUCAGCCAACUUCUAGGCGUCCUGUGCACAAGAAGCCACCCAUCGGCCAGACCACUCCUCACAACACGACGCAUACGUUCAAGCCCUGCUCAGCGCCCAAAGUUGACCGCGCCGACCCCAAGAACUUCGUCCCGGCUCAAAACGUCACCCUUGCGUACGCCCCCCCUGCCGAGGAUAAGAACACUACGACAGGCAGCAUCAAUAUGAGCCUCGCUUUCAAGCACCCCGCUGUUGUCCUCGAGAAUAUUGCGUCUAUUCGCAAGACCUCAUGCGAUGCCAACGUGCUCUCUGUAGUCUUCGAAGACGAUGCCGGCUUCGAAGAGGCUGUCAAGGACUGGAACACUGGCGGUGAGCCCUUUGUUCUCAUCACUGGCUCUCUUGAUGAAGGAUGCGCAGCUGAGUUUGAGCGAGGAUAUUUCGUGGUUGACGGCAUCACCUCGGACUUGGACAACUUGUCUAUUCAAGUUCAUGCUACCCCAGGCGACCUACCAGGCCUUGCAGGUGAAAUGGAGAUGACUUUCACGUCACUGCCUGCAGCAACUUUGAUGCGGCGGCUCAAUCUCUCACCGAGUUGGUCGAUUGACAUAGCCGAAGGCCUCGAGGAACACACAACACUGUUCACCGAUGGGGAGUUCAUCGACAUUACGGCCGAGGAAGCCUGGUUCUCGUCGAAACUCACCUUGUCCGGGAAACUCAAGUACAGCUUCUGGGGCUUCAAGCUUCAAGAGCUCUACUUCGACCUUGACGCUGCAUUUGACUCUUCAGCCGUCGUUUCGGCAUCGGUCCAGGCGGCUUUCCAGGAGGCAGUGCAGUAUCAGCCUGACGAUCUCGCCUUCUCAUUUAUCGACGUCCCUGGGGUAGUGUCGCUCGGUCCUGGACUUGCAUUCGGCCUUUACGUCAACGUUGAGGCUUCCGCUGCUGUUGACCUUUACGCUGGCGUGGACUUUUCUCUACCGACCGGAAACGUCCAUCUGGAUAUGCUGGACGGGUUCAAAACCACCACGUCGGGCUGGGAGCCGGACUUUGACACCUUUGCCAACGCCUCUCAAUCCGCUGACGUGGCUCUUGAUGUUGGCGCUGACCUAUCUGUAAUGCUUUCGUUCAAGCUUCUGGGAGGGCUGGUCGAUCUGUCGAGUGGUUUCACUGCAUCUCCAGAGUUUGAGAACUCAUUCCACCUCCGCGGGGCACAAGAUGCUGCAGUGAGUGGCAACGAGAAGGGCAUGAGCGGUGGAGUUGACAUACCCAAGGAUGCUAUAUCCUGCGCGGACACUAAUGGGCUGGAAUUCGUAUCAGACUUUCUGUUCAGCUUGAAGGCGUAUGCAACAAAGUGGUGGGAACAGGACCUGUACUCUGUUCGCGUUCCUGUUGUUAGGUACUGUUUACCAUUCUAA